AUGUCUUGGAAGAUUACGAAGAAGUUGAAGGAAACCCAUUUGGGUCCCCUCGCCAGCACCUUCUCGCGAUCCCCAUCUACCUCUACUAUCACCGAUAAGGACGAGAAGAGUCAAUCCAUCGCCGGAUCCGUUACUCCUACCAACGAAGGUGCCAUCCCAUCCGAGGCCAUGUCACAGGCUCCCGUCGUAAAGCCGCCGAAGCCGGGAAUUCUCAUCGUCACACUACAUGAGGGCCAGGGCUUUUCCCUUCCCGAGCAGCACCGCAACGUUUUUGCGUCCCAGCACACCCAAAACUCACUUUCUAGCGGAAGUGCCCUAAAUAUCGCAGGUUCGGUGCGACCGACCUCGGCAUCACAGCACGUUUCGGGAUCCUAUAUCAAUGGCGGAAACCGCCCUCAAACUUCUGGUGGAGGCUUCACCGGCAUUCCGACAAACCACGGUCGAAUUUCGGGCAAGUACAUGCCUUAUGCGCUUCUCGACUUCGACAAGGUCCAAGUCUUUGUAAACUCCGUCGAUGGCAACCCAGAAAACCCCCUCUGGGCUGGCGCCAAUACCCAGUACAAGUUUGAUGUUUCUCGAGUCACCGAGCUCGCCGUCCACCUCUAUAUGCGAAACCCUCUCGCUCCCCCUGGAUCCGGUCGCAGCCGAGACAUCUUCCUUGGAGUUGUGCGCAUUAACCCCCGAUUCGAAGAGCGUGCCAACUUUGUCGAUGACCAAAAGUCGAACAAGAAGGAUAAAGAUAAGGAUAAGGACAAGACUGCCGAGAAGGCGCUUGGUCACAGUGGUGUCGAGUGGGUUGAUGUUCAGUACGGUACCGGAAAGCUCAAGAUUGGUGUCGAGUACGUGGAGAUCCGGGCCGGCAAGUUAAGGAUUGACGACUUCGACCUUCUCAAGGUCGUUGGUAAGGGCAGUUUCGGUAAGGUCAUGCAGGUGCGCAAGAAGGACACUCACCGUAUCUAUGCCCUCAAGACCAUUCGAAAGGCCCACAUCAUCUCCCGCUCCGAAGUUGCACACACUCUGGCGGAGCGAUCCGUCUUAGCCCAAAUCAACAACCCCUUCAUCGUUCCCCUAAAGUUCUCUUUCCAAUCGCCUGAGAAACUCUAUUUUGUCCUCGCGUUUGUCAACGGCGGGGAGCUUUUCCACCAUCUCCAGAAGGAGCGGCGAUUUGACGUUAACCGCGCCCGAUUCUACACCGCCGAACUUCUCUGUGCUCUCGAGUGUCUCCAUGGCUUCAACGUCAUCUACCGAGACCUGAAACCCGAGAACAUUCUUCUCGACUACCAGGGCCACAUCGCCCUCUGUGACUUUGGUCUCUGCAAGCUCGAUAUGAAGGACGAGGACAGAACUAACACUUUCUGUGGAACUCCCGAAUACUUGGCCCCCGAGCUUCUCCUUGGCACCGGAUACAAUAAGACGGUCGACUGGUGGACGUUGGGUGUCCUGUUGUACGAGAUGUUGAUGGGCUUGCCUCCCUUCUAUGACGAGAACACGAAUGAGAUGUACCGCAAGAUCCUUUCAGAGCCGCUACACUUCCCCACGGACAUCCCUGCGGCUGCUAAGGACCUUCUCACAAAACUCCUCAACCGCAACCCCGACGAGCGCCUCGGAGCUAAUGGCUCCGCCGAGAUCAAGGCCCAUCCGUUCUUCCACGCCAUAGAUUGGCGGAAGCUUCUCCAGCGGAAAUAUGAGCCCGCUUUCAAGCCGAAUGUGGUCGAUGCUCUUGAUACUGCCAACUUUGAUCCCGAAUUCACAUCCGAACCACCAAAGGAUUCCUUUGUCGAGGGAGACCUCCUGUCGCAAACCAUGCAGAACCAAUUUGCUGGCUUCAGUUAUAACCGCCCGAUUGCUGGUCUCGGAGAUGCUGGUGGCAGUGUUAAGGACCCAUCGUUCGUUGGUAGUCUCCAGGAUCGUCGUUAG